GGAACAGGCUCUCUCCAGUGCGUGGCAGUGGAGCGGCAGUGGCUGGGAAAGUCAAGAACUCCUCUCCCACCACUCCUCAUCCUCCCAGACACCAUUACCUCCUGUCACCAGGAAGAUGUUCAAUACACUCUCCUCUGCCAUUUCUUCCUGGUGGGCCCUCCUCCCAACUUUUUCUCUCUCAAACUGACUGUGCUUGAGAUGAAAUCUCGUCAUUUCUCUGGCCUCUCAGACCUCCUCUCUUGUGUCUCUCUCAUCCUAAACCCCUCCUCCUCCUCCUCCUCCUCAUCUCCCAGUGAUACUCUGCAGUCCCUACUGAGCUAUGGACUGGGAAGGAAACUCGUGGAGUGGCUGGCUGGUCUCCGUUCCAUGCCGUGUACCGGCAGUAUGGGCUGGAGACAGACCUGUAUUGCCAUGGCAACCGUGGCCGAGCAAGCCCUGGAGGCGUGUCGGCGAGGACAAAGGUCGUCUGUUGCUAUUGACGACGCCACUCCUGGAAGUGCUCGAGGUGUGGCCAAUCUCCUGGAGGUGGUGGAAGGAGGCCAGAGAGACAAACUAGUCCAGAAACACUCUGCACUCUUUGAUGAGCUAAUGGAUGGUGUUGUCUCUGCUGGAGACUAUGAUCUGCAGGCUACGAUGGUGGAAUGCUGCAUCAGUGCACUGAGGGAGAGUGGUGGGCGGAGUAGCCACGCCCACCGGUGGUUCUCAGACCACACCCUCAUCUCUGCCUUCAUGAAUAUUCACGAGACCACUUUUGAAACCGAUUGUCGUGGGUUCCUGACCACCCUCAACAGAACUGCUGGUCCAGACAGAAGCGUUCACUCAUUUCUCUGUAAGAAGGUCUUACUUGGAGCAACCGAGCUCCACCCACCGAGGGAAGUGGGACGAGAUGGGUUCUGGCUGGACGUGAACUCCACCUCCCUCUCCCUCUCUCUGAACGUGGAGGACCCCUCAGAUGGGGGGUCGGGGGAUCCGCCGCAAGACUCGGGGGGUCUGUGGGAGAUGGUGACUGUCACUGACCAGUCUAUGGAGUCUUGGAGAAUGACCACUGAGAGAGGAGAUGUGGUAGUAACAGUGACGCUGACAGUUCCGUCCCACUCCCUCCUCCCCUCCCUCCCUCCUUCCCCUCAUCACACCCUCACCAUCUCCUUCUCCCCCUCCCACAACCCCACACUCCCUCUGGAAUUACUCUUCCCGGGCAAGAGAACCACCACUAAUGUCGUUAGUCAAGCCACACCCACUACCACCAAACAUCAGCAGGCCAGACGGGUGUCUCCUACCCACUCAGUCAAGUCCAGUGUCGCCAUCACCCCCCUACACAUCAAACCAUCGUCUACCAGGUUGAACUGCGAACCUGGAAAAAGACCCCAAUCAUCAGCGUCGUCCUUAUCUCACGUCUCUCCCAUCGAAAUCUCUCCCUCUGGACCCACACAGGGAGACCAGGUGUGCUCCCAGGGCUCAGCUCCCCUCCCUGUCCCGUUCCCAACUCCCCAGACCUCCACUCCCAAACUACAUCCCACGUCCAGACUCCAUUCCAACACCCCUUCCACUGGUGUGAGGGCCCAGCUCCAGUUCUCCAGUGCUGGAGCCAGCAAGAGAUCCAUAGCCAUCUCCUCCAUACACAUCUCCUCCCACUCCACCACCACCCCUGGCAUUAGGACCACUAAUGAUGGACCCCUGGGUGUUCGUACUAGUGGUACUAGUGGUACUACUGGUGGUACCGGUGGUAAGAGACCAAUGACUACCACACCAUGUCCACUGAAGAUGAAGCCAGACCACAGUGGUAGGCAACUCUUUCCAAAAGAGCAAACCAAACAACCACCGUCUGUGACUAAACCAGCAAAACCACCGACCAAACCGCCAACUGACAAACGGUUCGAACCACCAAAAUCUGUGGCAGUACCACCAAAGAACCAAACCAAACGGCAGCAACCACCAGAAGACGAGAAUGGUAGAAACCAAACCAAACAAGUGCUAAAAGACCAAACAAAUACCAAAAGACAGCGAAUACCAGACACUGAAAAACAAUCAUCUGGCAGUACCGGAGGCAAGAAGACUAAGCAGGUGCCAACAGAAGACCAAACUGGGACCACAGAACAGCCAAAAAGACUGCCAAAAGUCGCGUCGGACAGUGCCAUGAAGACUAAGCAAGUGCCGACAGAAGACCAAACUGGGACCACAGAAGAGCCAAAAAGACUGCCAAAAGUCGCGUCGGACAGUGCCAUGAAGACUAAGCAAGUGCCGACAGAAGACCAAACUGGGACCACAAAAGUUGCAUCGGACAGUGCCAUGGUGGGCCAUCGGCAACAAACUUGUGCCAAGACUGCCGUUGACACUAGAGGUAAUGAUGACCUUACUGAUAGGGCGGAGCUUGAGGAUAAGGGGUGUGGUCAACCACACCCACAUCAAGAGAAGCCACACCUUCCAAAAUCAUCUUCAACUGCUGCGUCAACUUCAGGCAAAUCAACCUCAUCAUCAGCGAAGGAGGGUAAACCUUUUGGUGGCACUUGUUUGAGGAGAGGAAGAGGAGGGAAGAGGGGAGGGAGAGGAGGUUCAGGAGGUGCGGAAAAGAGAGUUGAAAGCAGAGGGAAGACAGGUGAAGAGGAGGAGGAGGAGGAGGAGGGGUUGGGGUGUGUUCGGCCGAGAGCUGGUCGACCGCCAGGUCAGAGGAUGUUUGUCCUCAGUCAUGCUCCACUCACCAGAGCUGAUGGAGGACACAGAGGUAGAGGAGCUGGCAGGACCAAGGCGGGAAGAGUCAGAGGAGGAGGAGGGAGAAGAGGAAGGGUGAACACUGCCAAAUCUCUUGUAACUACUUUCGACUUUGGAGAUAGUCCAGCAGUAGGAGGGGGCGUGGUUUCUCCUCCCAUUCCCACCCCUCACUCCAUCCCCUCCUCACUACCCUCACCUGAUUACAUUCCAUCAUCGGGACCCCAUUCCAGACCACUCAAAAGCCAACGGUCCAGAAGUGUUUUACUCCGUUCGCUGCCCGACAGUGACUACGACACUGAUCCUGAUGACGCCACUUGGAAUGAAGACAUCUCAUCUGGGAGCAGUAAACCAUCCAGUGGUAGACCCAGAGAGCCUGUUACUGCGGCAGAGAGAGGGGCAGAGAGGGGAGAUGGUAUGGAGAGAGGAAAGGGAGUGGGGGAGAAGGAGAAGGCUGCUGCUGAGAGCAGUUCCAUGGCAGACAAGAAGGAGAGUGCGGAGAAGAAAAGGAAAAGAGAGGGAGGGAAGAAAGGAAAGAUGCUGGCUACAAAAAGAGCUGGUGGCAGGAAACAUCAGACCAAUCCUUGUGAGAGUCAAGAGAGUGGAGAAACUAGGGAAGGAGAGGAUGGAGUUACACUGGCUGCAGUGAAGACUACUGGUGUAGCAGGGAGGGGAGAAGGAGGUAAGAGGGGGAGAGGAAGACCACGCAAAAACAACACAACCUCUUCAUCCACUGACAGAGCUGACACCACAACGGACAAGAAGAGAGAGGACCUCUUACCUCCAACCAAGGGUGGCCUGGAGAGACCAAAGAAUACAACUCCUGUUGCCUCUAAAUUUGCUACCAAAGCUAGUGCUACUAACAGAGUGGAGAAUGUUCCAGAGAACAGUGGAGAUCUUUUACCUCUGACUAAGAGCAACAGAGGAGGCAGACAAACGAAACUGCCCUCUGCCACUAAGCCAGCUAAGGCUGAUGACGGUUGGAGUGCUACCGUUGCCAAUGGAUCAGUACUAGGGAACACUACUUCUCUGGCUAAGAGCGGCAGGCAAAGGAGAGACAAUUUGACAUCAGCAUCUGCCAAUACUAGCGGUCCCGAUACUAACAGAGCUAAAAUUAGGGAAAGAGAGAGAAAUGAAGUUUCAAAAUCGGCUGUGAACAAGAAGAAACAGAUGGAUAAAGAGAGAGUGGAGGGACGUAAAGAGAGUCGAUAUGAUGUUCAAGAUGAUGAUGUCAUUGAGGAGCCGUCGUCCAGUGAGGGACUGCAGAGUCCCACCGUGUCAACCUGGACCUCUAGUCCAGUGGCCUCCGGAACAAGGAGACAUAACAUGGCUGAUGAGGUGGGAGAGGUGGGGAAUAGGGGAACGAGGGGAGAGAGAUCGCCAGUCAGGAAGAAACAUCGCAGCAGCAGUGGAUAUGUCAGUGAAGUGACUUUGUUUCUGCAGUUUCCUGGCAUCCCCGGCAUCCUCAGCAAGCUCCACCCACAACCAGCAGGGAAUCUGGUGGCCCAGGCGUGGAACCAAUCUCCUCCUCUGCCCCUGCAAUCCUCAAUGGCUGAUUGCCAGUUAAGAGGGAAACCAAGAGCUGCUGGAGGAAAGAGGACUAGCAAAGGAAAUGGACAGAAGGAGAGAGAGAGGAAGAAGAGAGAGAAGAAGGAGAGGGAGGAGAAGGAGGAGAGAGAGGAGAGAGAGAGGAAGGAGAGGGAGGAGAGAGAGAGGAAGAAGAGAGAGAAGAACGAGAGGGAGGAGAAGAGAGGAGAGAGGAGAAGGAGAGGGAGGAGAGAGAGAGGAGAGGAAAAGACGAUCUGCCAGCGAGACCACCGGCCAGAGGAGGAGCACUCUCACCUCUGA